AUGUUUACCGUUUCUGCUAAGAGUUAUUUACUUCAUUUGUAUAUUUUGUUUAUCUGUGAAUUUGAUUGUGGCUCACAAAGCUUAAAAAUGUCACCUCUACAAUUUAUCCACCUGAUCUUGUUGACCAUUACUACUACCGUCUUCAACUUGGGAUACAGUCAAGAAAGAGGUGAUUGGAGUUAUAUUGUAUUUACGCUGUCUUGGCCACCAUCAUUUUGUAGCUCAGUUAAAUGUAAACUACCCCCUGGAAUGAAUGAUUUCAAUAUUCAUGGACUGUGGCCUUCUGUUUGGCCGGGGAAACAACCAACAAACUGCAGUGCAUAUAUACCUUUUGAUAGUUCACGUUUACAGGCCAUCAGGAGUCAACUUGACACUGCAUGGGUUAACAUGAAAGACUACAAGGACCCAACACCAUUCUGGGAACAUGAAUGGUAUAAACACGGACAAUGUGCAACGGAAGACAUCUUAAUUCAUAAUGAGCUUGGUUAUUUUAAUACUUCAUUGGUUUUGAAGGAGAAGAUUGAUCUACUGAAUAAACUGGAGUUGUAUGGAAUCAAACCGGAAAACAGUAAACCAAUUGACAAUAAUCAGUUUUCUGAAGCACUGAAAAAAGCCUACAAUGUUCGUGUUUUGUUUACCUGUACACACAAACAUAGACAUAAGCACAAUCGAUUGGCAAAAUUGGAUGAAGUUCGUUUGUGUUUCAAUCCACAACUUGAAUUCAUUGAUUGCCCUUCACAUGAAAUCGAGGAAAAUAAACAAUGUCCAGAAAGAUUCAUAUUUCUAGAGUUCAACUCUGAAUAG